UCACAUUUCUUCUUUCUAUUGCUCAUCCAAUGGACAAUCAUCUAUGGCUUCUAGCUCCUCUCUUAGCACUAUGCAUCAUGUCGGUUUCGAGCAAAGUGUUUGUGAGCAUAGAUUGUGGGGCGUCGGGCUCUUUCAUAGACGAAAACUCGAUUGAGUGGAAAGGGGAUAAUGAUUUGAUCUCGAGUGGUGUUGCACAUGCAGUGCAACCAAACUACUCAGUGUCUCGUGUUAUGAACACCUUGCGGGUGUUCACCACCCGUAAGAAAAAUUGUUAUUCUAUAAAAGUUGAAGAGGGGGAAAAAGUUUUGGUUCGGGCCGGGUUUAACUACGGGAACUAUGACAAUAAGUCAGCUCCCCCGAAUUUUGAUCUUCUUUUUGAUGGAAACUUUUGGAUCACCGUAAAUGCUUCUGAGUUGAAAAUAUUCGAAAUUGUUUAUGUUGUGAAAAAGAAAGAUAUUAGCGUAUGUGUGGCGCAAACGAAUCCUCGCGAGUUCCCAUUUAUAUCGACACUUGAAGUUCGUAGCCUAGACUCGCAACUUUACAGCAAAUUUGGCACAAAUCACGCAUUGCUAUUGCAAUCUAGGUUUGGUUAUGCUUUAAAUCAAACUAUAAGGUUUCCAUUGGACCCCUAUGAUCGAAUGUGGGUGCCUGCACGUACUACUAACCUAGUACAUUUAACAAGCGAUGCAUCUAUCAUCAAUGUAAAGGUCCCCGAUAAUCCUCCUCAAGCGGUCCUUAAAAAUGCGGUCGCCACACAAAACACGAGUCAGUUUAUAAACCUAGGAUUUAACGUCGUUGAUGACCCAUUUCGUUACCCGGCCUACAUAAAUUGGUAUUUCUCGGAAGUCAGAGAGCUCAAUUCCUCCGAACUACGAUCUUUUAGGAUUUUUAAAGACAAUCUACCAUUCUCACUUCCGAUUGUACCCCGUUUUGGAGAAGUGGUCGAAUAUUUCAUCUCUAAUCUUUCGCUCACUACCGAGACUAACUUUUCCUUGAACCCGCUUGAUGACUCCACGCUUCCGCCUCUCAUUAAUGCCGCGGAGCUUUUCUCGAUCAGGGAUGCUCUAAGUAAUGGCACCAACAACAACGAUGUGGAAGGUUUAGCUUCCCUCCAAAACGCAUUUAUUGUUUUACAACAAUGGAGCGGAGACCCCUGUCUCCCCGCCCCAUAUUCAUGGGAAUGGAUAAAAUGCAGCGGCGACUAUAUACCUCGCGUAACAUCAAUAAAUCUUAAUGGUUUUAACCUCACCGGACCACUUCCCGACUUUAGUAAAAUGGAUGCUCUUGAAACAAUAGAUUUGCAUAACAAUAGCUUGAGUGGACCAAUUCCUAAGUUCCUUGGCACCUUGCCAAAUCUGAAACAACUAAAUUUGUCAGAUAAUCAGUUCACUGGAUCCAUACCAAGAUGGUUAUCAAGAAAUUCCAAGUUAAAUUCAACAUAUACGGGAAACCCUGUGUUGUGUGUCAAUGGUAAGUCAUGCCCAGGAAGUGGUAACAACAAAACGCCGAUAAUACUCGGAGUUACUAUCCCUACGGUUUUCAUUUUGGCUAUCGCGGUUGUUUUGGUCGUAAGGCACAGGCGACGUAAAGCUAGUGUUCCAUCACAUUCAGGGGGUACGAGUAGCCUAAGUGGUGGUAUGCAAGGAACUAAUAAAGGUGUCGUUGAGUUGAAUAGAAACUCGGAAGAGCGGUUUUACAGAUCACCUACACCAUUAUUAAGUGAAGGUUAACGUAGUGAUUGAGAAGACUAGUAAAACAUUAUUGGUAUUAUGUAAAUAGUCAAGUAUAGAAAUGGUCGUUUCGAUUUUUUUUUCUGUCAUGUUUAUAGUUGAACUAUCGAGCCCAUUGCAUUCAAAAUGCCAUAUCACUACAUCUUGAACA